AUUUCCAGUGGCGUCACAGUGAGGCAAUAUAGUUUUUUAAAUCAGUGUGAGAAUUAGUGAAUUUGACUACUAAAAUAUCUGUGAAUUCAUAAUGUCAGCAAGCGCAGAGGUUGAGCAACUGGUCGCGGCGGAGGUCACUGUCGCCGGAGAGCCCAAGAAGCAGGCUGAAAAGCCCAUUAAGGAGAAGAAGCCUAAAGCCCCUAAGGUCCCAAAGGAGAAAAAGCCUAAACAGCCCAAAACUACUGUUCAUCAUCCUCCAUACUUUCAGAUGAUCAAGGAAGCUCUGUUGGCUUUGAAUGAGAGAAGUGGGUCGAGUCCAUAUGCUAUAGCGAAGUACAUGGAAGAGAAGCACAAGGAUGUGCUUCCUUUGAAUUACAAGAAGAUUUUGGGUCUCCAAUUGAAGAACUCUGCUGUGAGAGGAAAGCUUAUCAAAAUCAAGGCCUCGUAUAAGCUAUCUGAAAUGGCUAAAAAGGAGAAGGUUACAACUACAACAACCAAGGCUGCAAAGGCUAGCACAGAGAAAAAGCCAAGGAAAACCAGAGCAACGACAACAACUAAGGCUGCGAAGAAACAAGAGGCUACUAAAAGUAAAAAGGCUGUGAAGAAAGUCACGAAGAAAGUUGGGCCUAAGAAGACGAAGAAAUCGACUCCUGCUAAGCCCAAACAGCCCAAAUCCAUUAAGUCUCCUGCUGCUAAGAGAGCCAAGAGGGCCGUUGCUUGAGUCUGUAGAAAUUAGAUAAUAAUAAGUGGUGUUUGUUUUAGAAAAGAAGUUUAGGUCUCUGUGUAUAUGAAGUCGAUGGUUUCAAUGAAGGAAGUGUUUGGGUUUGCUUAGUCUUUUUUUGUAUGUUUGUUUAGGCAUCAAUGCAUAAUGGAACUGACUUUUCUUU